CGCGCAUUGACUGUAGCAUUGACAACACCACCCACAUCGCACAAGAAGACGACAACUAGCCUACGCUGUUUCAAAUAUAGAACGCCAAUAUCGCCAGCGACUAGAGAGAUUCAAGAGCGCGCCGAAGAUGGCUCACUUCCCCAAGACAUCCCGGCCCAAGCCUCCGCCGCCGGGCAACGAAGAAGCCAGCACAGUCCUCAACCUGGGCGAGUUCCAGGACGUUGAAACCCUCACGCUCUCCGAAGCCUCACUUGUGUUGAAUGCGAUUGUCCAGCGCAGACGCGAGCGCGCAGCCAAGGUCCGACCUGACGGCGCGCCACAAAUGAAUCUGAACGAGACUGAGAUGUUGCACACGACGCUGCAAUAUUUGGACCACUUUUCGCGGUUCACUAGAAAGGAGAACGUCGAAGCUGUCGAGCGACUGCUCCGGUCGCAUCGGGAGCUGGAGAAGUUUGAGCGCGCCCAGCUCGGCUCAUUAUGUUGCGAGAACGCGGACGAAGCCAAGACGCUCAUUCCGUCAUUGCAGGACAAGAUUGACGAUGCCGAUUUGCAGGACCUUCUCGACGAGAUCACGAAGCUACAAACGAAGUGAGGGGUGACUGCUACCGCGACACAUGGAAUUUUAAACGGACACGGUUUGCUUUUGGCGCAGCCAUCUGGGACGGAUGGCUACGCAAAGGGAGUUGCAUUUCUGGCGUUUGGUGCCAAAUCAAAAUGGAUUAGAGUCUCGUACCCUGUCGUGGUAACAUCACAAGUUUGCGUUGUGCGGUAUACGAUCGGUACCGGGAAGCCUGGGUCUGGUCACCGCUCAUCAACACUUUUGAUUUCCUAAAAAACCGACCAGCAAACAAGCAGAUACAUCUCUGUGCCUCACGCCAGCGAAUACGUCCGGGAAUCAC